CCUCAGUGUUCUCGAGUUCGUCUGCACUGCACUGCACUGCCGGCCGGCUAAGUCGGCUGGGUGGGGUGGGCACGACCCCGGGAUGACAUGAUCGUCCGUCUGGUAUGUCCACGAGUCCCAAAAGCUUCUUACUCACUACAUUCAAGCAUCCUACCACUACUGGCCUCCACUGUGCCAUUGACUGACGGCCUUCCCCAAAACUCAAUCGAUCGCAUGCAGUCUCUGUCGCUAUCGCCGCCGCCGUCGCCUCUGCCGUAACGACUUUGUCCAUACCAUCCCCUCCAGGCUCAACAAGAAUGCCCGAUCUCGAUUCCUCCGCCCCAACGCAUCCAACGCAUCCAGCCCACCCCUCAUCAUGGAACCCCCACCAUAACUUCGAAUCCGAUGAAGUACCAGAACUCCCCCCUUUCUACUCCCCACGCCCAAUUCCCGUGUCGCGCGCAAUCUCGGAGCUCGACUUAACGUCCAUGAACACUUCGCAUUCAGCGAAUCCUUCCAACGACACUCCUGCUACUCCCACCGAAUCGCCAUCGGAUUCUGAACAAGAAUCCCUUCUCCCUGGUCUUGUAUCGCCCGCCUUCACUCCACCCUCAACACCCGGCAUACAAACACCUUCACAUCCGUCAGCUGCGCAACAUGUCCCAAAGCCAAUUCCGGUCGAUAGCAGUGUGCCGAGUGGGGGGUGUGGACAGAAGAAGCCGAAACUCCUCAAGAAGUUGCCAGAAGUGAAUUGUGUGGUGAGGGCGAGAAUACCAACCACAAUCGGAGGGACAGAGAUGUUCCUCCAUUUAUACCAAAACAACGAGGAUAAUAAGGAGCAUCUGGCAAUUGUCUUUGGGAAUGGAAUACGGAGUCAAAGCCUGAACCGGCCGAGGGACGGGGAAACGGAGAUGGACCGGUUGAUUCGGGGCGCAUACACAGGGAGAUUAUUUCCUGGUCGGACGACCUCACGAAUGCCAGAAAACUCGAAUGAGAAAGGAAAAGGGGUGGCAGCGCCUACUGUACCGCAAGGGGAGCAAAUACCAGAACCUGCGAUGGUGAGGAUACAUUCCGAGUGCUACACAGGCGAAACGGUCUGGUCAGCACGAUGCGAUUGCGGGGAACAACUUGAUGAAGCCGCAAGACUGAUGUCACUUCCGGGCUCUGGUGGAGGAAUUAUAAUAUACCUCCGCCAAGAAGGUCGUGGUAUUGGCUUGGGCGAGAAGUUGAAGGCGUAUAAUUUGCAGGAUCUGGGAUCCGAUACUGUCGAAGCGAACCUACUCCUCAGGCAUCCCGCUGAUGCCAGGAGUUAUGGUCUUGCGACAGCUAUGUUGGAAGACUUGGGACAGAAGGAAAUCAGACUUCUUACCAAUAACCCAGAUAAGGUCAGAGCUGUUGAAGGACCAAAUCGUGAGAUUGUUGUAAAAGGAAGAGUUCCAAUGAUUCCACUGGCCUGGAGAGGGAAGACUGGCGGUAUUCGCAGCGAUGAAGUGGGUGGGUAUUUGAAAACGAAGGUAUAGAGUACCAAUCAAUCCAAGUUUUAGAAAAUCUGCUAAUGCAAAGUUUCAGAUCGAAAAGAUGGGACAUAUGUUAGAAAUGGGGAGUUAA